ACAAUUUUUCCGUCUGACAGGACGGACGUGUUUUCUUUUGCUCCGGAAAAAAUAUUCCAAAACUAGGGAAAAACUCAUGCCGCAGCACUGAAAAUGCUUGAAAAUUGUGUUUAAGUGUUUGUUCUACACCAUCGCGUGGAAAUUUUGCAGGGAAAUGAAAUAAUUUUGACAAAAAAGGGAAAAUUGAGUAAAGGGAAAAACUAACCUCACUUUUGAACCUUCCCGGAAAGUAAACAGAAGAAAAUUUACAAAAAAUGGACAAUGAUAGCGAUACGGAGGAUAGAAAUGAGGUGGAUUUGACGGGAUUCCUCUUUGGGAAUAUUGAUUCAUCCGGAAGACUCGAGGAGGAUAUUUUUGACAGCGAAUCAAAAAGGCAACUUGCUUCGCUUGCCAGAUUGGGCUUGAAUUCCCUGCUGAGUGAGGUAAUUAGUCUCCCGAGCGAUAGAGAUAGUCGUCGGAGUUCACGGGAAGAUGAGAGUGGUGAUGAAUUUCGUCGUCCGGAAAGUGAUGAGGAUACAAAUGAGGAAGAUUUCACAACAAAAGCCGACACGGCAAUUGAUUAUUCGGACAUAAAUGAACUUGCAGAGGAUCUUCCGGUUGCAAUUGAGCCGGCAGCAGUGAAAGAAGCUCCGGAAGAUGAUUACGACAUUGAAGAUGCCAUUCCGGCGAAUAAAGUUUGUCUCGACGGAACUGUUCCCGCUGUGAAGGUUGAAGAUGUUAAUGCCACAGAGAAUGGGACUUCUGCGAGCAGUUCAGUUCUUUCGGCAGACGAUAAAGCCCUCAUGCCGCCUCCCAGCUUGCCCACAAAGACAGCAUCUGGUGGGGAGAGUGACGGGGAAGUUAGGGUUGAAGUGAAGGAGGAGAAAAUCGAAGGGAGCGUUGAGAAAAAACUCGACACUCCGCUUGCUGCGAUGCUCCCGUCGAAGUAUGCAAAUGUCGAUGUCCGGGAGAUCUUCCCGGACUUCCGUCCGGAUAAAGUUCUCCGCUUCUCACGGCUCUUUGGCCCGGGGAAGCCAUCGAGUUUACCACAAAUAUGGCGAAGUGUCCGGAAGAGGCGACGGAAGCGCAAACAUUCAAAGGAUGGCAUCAAGAGGGAAGGCUCUGACUCCACAUCGGACACAGAUGAACCGAAGAAGCAUCGCGGAUGGUCUCUCAACUUUGCACCGUCGCCCAGCAAGGAGGAACUCUGUUCGGAUGACGAAGAGAAGCUUUUGCGGGAGAUUACGGAUGCAAUCAAUGAGAAAUCCCCGGAAACAGGAGAAGCUGGUGAGAAUAAACCAAAAGUGGCUGAUUGGCGUUUUGGUCCAGCACAAGUUUGGUACGAUAUGCUGGAAGUUCCGGAAUCCGGAGAGGGCUUCAAUUACGGCUUCCGGACGAGAGAUGAAAAUCACCCAAAAGAGGAAGUUGUGAUAACCGGAGAUCCAAUUCCGGAUGAUGCCUACCUGAUGGUGUCACAGCUACACUGGGAAGAUGAUGUAGUUUGGGAUGGGAAUGACAUCAAACACAAAGUCAUGCAGAAGUUGAAUUCAAAGACAAAUGCUGCUGGAUGGCUCCCAUCGAGUGGCUCUCGCACAGCAGGGGCUUUCAGUCACACCGGGAAGGUUCUUCCGGUAACCACCCCAUUGUCUGGGAAUAAGCUGGGCAACUCCCAAAGUGGCAAAAUGUCUAAAUCUCAAAUGAUUUCCCUGAUGCUGCAGAAGCCCGAAGAAGCUGAUGAUACGUGGUACAGUAUCUUCCCCGUGGAGAAUGAGGAAUUGGUGUACAGCAAGUGGGAGGAUGAAGUGAUUUGGGAUGCGGAAUUUAUGGAUAAAGUCCCAAAGCCAAAAGUCCUCACACUCGAUCCAAAUGAUGAGAAUAUCAUUCUUGGGAUUCCGGAUGAUAUUGAUCCGUCCAAGGUGCAGAAGAAUACGGGUCCACCGCCAAAGGUGAAGAUCCCACAUCCGCAUGUGAAGAAAUCGAAGAUUCUCCUUGGAAAGGCGGGAGUGAUUAAUGUUCUGCAGGAGGAUACGCCACCGCCACCGCCAAAAUCACCCGAUCGUGAUCCCUACAACAUUUCCAAUGAUGUCUACUACAUGGCCAAGUCGUCGGAGACAACGCUGCGCCUCAAGGUGGGUGGUGGGAAUCUCAUACAGCACUCAACGCCCGUUGUGGAGCUCCGUGCGCCAUUUAUUCCCACCCACAUGGGGCCCAUGAAGUUGCGAAUGUUCCAUCGGCCACCGAUGAAGAAGUACUCCCACGGAACGUUGGCAGCUCCCAUUCCCCAUCCGGUUUUGCCGCUGCUGAAGAAUAUCCGGAAGAAGGCAAAGCAGAGGGAGUUGGAGAGGAUUGCCUCCGGAGGAGGAGAUGUCUUCUUCAUGCGCACACCGGAUGAUCUCACCGGACGCGAUGGUGAAAUAAUUCUUGUGGAAUUCUGCGAGGAGCAUCCACCGCUAAUGAAUCAAGUGGGGAUGUGCUCGAAGAUUAAGAACUACUACAAGAGGAAGGCAGCCAAGGAUUCGGGGCCGCCUGAAUUUAAAUACGGUGAAGUAGCGUACGCCCACACGAGUCCCUUCCUGGGCAUCCUGGCGCCAGGACACUGCAUCCAGGCGGUGGAGAAUAACAUGUACAGAGCCCCAAUUUAUGGGCACAACAUCUCCUCAACGGACUUCCUCCUCAUUCGCACGCGUAAUACGUAUUUUAUCCGUGAGAUUGACUCCCUCUUCACAGCUGGGCAGCAAUGCCCGCUGUACGAGGUCUUUGGCCCGAAUAGCAAGAGAGCAAAUAACUUUGUGCGAGACUUCCUGCAGGUCUUCAUCUACAGGCUGUUCUGGAAGAGCUCGGAUAAUCCACGGAGGAUACGAAUGGAUGACAUUAAGAAGGCUUUCCCGGCGCACAGUGAGAGUAGCAUCCGGAAGCGUUUGAAGCAGUGCGCGGAUUUCAAGAGAACUGGCAUGGAUAGCAAUUGGUGGGUGAUUAAGCCGGAAUUCCGUUUACCAAGUGAGGAGGAAAUACGCGCGAUGGUAUCUCCGGAACAGUGCUGUGCGUACUUCAGUAUGAUUGCAGCGGAGCAGAGGCUCAAGGAUGCUGGGUAUGGGGAGAAGUUUAUUUUUGCCCAACAGGAGGAUGAUGAUGAGGAGAUGCAGCUGAAGAUGGAUGAUGAAGUGAAGGUCGCUCCGUGGAAUACCACGAGAGCCUACAUCCAGGCUAUGCGUGGAAAGUGUCUCCUUCAGCUAACAGGACCAGCAGAUCCCACAGGGUGUGGUGAAGGAUUCUCCUAUGUGCGUGUUCCCAAUAAACCGACACAGACAAAGGAAGAGCAGGAGAGUCAGCCAAAGAGAACGGUAACAGGAACAGAUGCAGAUCUCCGGAGACUUUCCUUAAACAAUGCAAAGGCUCUCCUUAGGAAGUUUCAAGUUCCCGAGGAGGAGAUUAAGAAACUCUCCCGUUGGGAGGUGAUUGACGUCGUCCGGACGCUAUCAACAGAGAAAGCAAAAGCCGGUGAGGAGGGAAUGGAUAAAUUCUCACGUGGAAAUAGAUUCUCAAUUGCUGAGCAUCAGGAGCGCUACAAGGAGGAAUGUCAGAGGAUUUUUGAUUUGCAAAAUCGUGUUUUGGCCAGUGAGGAAGUCUUGUCGACGGAUGAGGGGGAAUCCACGGCAUCGGAGGAGUCAGAUUUGGAGGAAUUAGGGAAGAAUUUGGAGAAUAUGUUGGCAAAUAAGAAGACAUCGACGCAAUUGUCGUUGGAACGUGAAGAGCAGGAGCGUCAGGAGUUGCUGAAGAAGAUCAUGGAGGAGCGUGAGGGUGUCCCGAAGGGGGCUAAGGGGAAGAAGGAUGACGAUCAGGGGGCUAAUCUCAAUAAUCCCCAACCAGGGAGGAUUCUGAAGAUUACGCGAACAUUUAAGAAUGCCGAAGGGAAGGAAUUUACGCGUGUUGAAUUUGUCCGGAGGCAGCCGGUGAUUGAUGCGUACACAAAGAUUCGCACGACAAAGGAUGAGGCCUUCAUAAAGAGCUUCGCUACGUUAGAUGAGGCACAAAAGGAGGAGAUGAAGCGCGAAAAGAGGCGCAUUCAGGAGCAAUUGAGGCGUAUUAAGAGGAAUCAGGAGAAAGUUGGGAUGAUGGGGCAUGUUCAUUCAACUCCGGGGAAUCCCAUUAGUUUGGGUGAUCGGGGGAGUGCAAGUAGUCACAGUAGUGGCCCCACUCCUAGUCAUACGCCCACAAUGCCCUCGACGAGUAAGGAUAUCAGUCCACAGCGCAGGAAGACGAAGUUUAAAACGGAUCUCAAGCUAAAGUGUGGAGCCUGUGGGCAAGUUGGGCAUAUGCGGACGAAUAAGGCCUGCCCACUGUACACUGGCACCCCUGGGCCAACGCCAUCACUCACAGUGGCAUUGACGGAAGAGCAGGAAGAGGAGAUUGAGAAGGAACUCAAUGCAGACGAUGAGGAUCUCGUGAAUGUCGACGGGACGAAGGUGAAGCUGAGUGGGAAGCUCCUGAAGCGGCAUGAGGAUGUGAAGAGGCGAACACUUCUGCUGAAGGUUCCAAAGGAUGCAGUUGGCCGGCGGAGAAGACGUGCUGGAUUGGAUUUGCACUGUGACUACCUUCAGAGGCACAAUAAGACAGCAAAUCGUCGUCGAACGGAUCCCGUUGUUGUGCUGUCGUCAAUCCUCGAGCAAAUUCUCAAUGAUAUGCGAGAUUUGCCGGAUGUGCAGCCUUUUAUGUUCCCUGUGAAUGCAAAACUCGUCCCUGAUUACUACAGGAUUGUGCAGAGACCGAUGGAUUUGCAGACAAUCCGGGAGAAUUUGCGACAGAAGCGCUAUCAGAGUCGUGAGGAAUUCCUUGCGGAUGUUAAUCAAAUUGUUGAGAAUUCAACGGUGUACAACGGCCCAAAGAAUCUUCUGACCAUUGCAGCUCAGAGGAUGCUGCAGAAGUGUGUGGAUCGUCUGGCGGAGAAGGAGGAGCGGCUCAUGAGGCUGGAGAAGGCCAUCAACCCACUACUCGAUGAUGACGAUCAAGUAGCCCUUUCGUUUAUCUUUGAGAAACUCAUGACGAAUAAGCUGAAGGUGAUGCAGGAAGCCUGGCCAUUCCUCAAGCCGGUGAAUAAGAAGCAAGUUAAGGAUUACUACACCAUCAUCCGGAAGCCCAUGGAUCUGGAGACAAUCACGAAGAAGAUCACGGCACACAAGUACCAUUCAAGGGAGGAAUUCCUCCAAGAUGUGGAGCUGAUUGCAAAGAAUUGUGAGCAGUACAAUGGUAGCGAUUCGAACUUCACCAAGCAAGCUAAGCUCAUCCUGGAUUGCGCUAGGAGUGCUCUGGAUGAAUUUGGGGAUCACUGCUCGCAUCUUGAGAGGAAUAUCGCCCAAGUGCAGGAGAGGGCACGCAAUGAGGCAGAGCUGGACGCCUCGUGGGCGGAUGAUGAGCAAGAGACGCGUGGAAAUAGUUCAGGGGAGGAGUAUGUGGACAUUGAGGUGGGUGAUAGGCCAACUUCAGCGGCUUCCAAUGACCCUCAGUCGUCUCGAUCGCACGGUCCACCCAUUAUUCCGGCACUUCCGGAAAUUAAGCGUGGCCGUGGAAGACCCAGAAAAGCCCGAGAUGCCGUGGAAGAUGUUAAAUUGUGGGGCAUGAAACGAGGUCGUGGACGUCCCCGUAAAGACAGCCACGCUUCAAAUUUAAGUAGUACUCAAAAUACUUUUUUGGAAGAAGAUUUGCAAUUCUCCACGGAUGAUGAGGAAUUUGAGGAAGUUGGGAGUGACAAUGAUCAUGAGAGCGUUGUGGAGACUCUGGCACAGGGUGAGGGACUCAAUAGGAGUGGAUCAGCAAUUAGUGGUGGUGGAGGAGGAAGUUCAAUAGGAGUUCAUGGAGAUGAUGAUAGUCAACAAGCGGCUGAGGCAAUGGUACAACUGAGUGGAAUUGGCUUCUACACGGCAACUGGAGCUGGUGGGAAGGAAGCAAUUGCCGGUGCAGCUGCAUAUGACGAUGAAUCAAUGGAUUUGGAUCCAAAUUACGAUCCAUCGGACUUUUUGGGAAUGUCCUCAAGUACAUCCACGGCCCAACAGCGUACGUCGGUGGUUGUGCCGGAAUUGCAGCAAAUGGAAAUGCCACAAAUGCCACCAGCUGAAGAUCCUGUUCCGCUUCCGAACCCAAGUGUGGCUAUUCAGGAUGAUUUGGCCAUCUCUGACACGGAUGAGGAGGACAAUAAUCUCAUCUUGACGAUCACAAAGGAAGAACCAACUGUUGAGAAUGAGGGGGAAGCUGAAGGUGAUCUCUGGUUCUAA